GUUCUCUCUCCUCUCACCGUCUUCCCCCCCCCGUGGGUCCAUUCCACUGGAAUCCGGCGCUUCAGCCCGCUGCUGAACAUUUGCGCUCACAAUUGGAAACACUCGCGGGGGAAAAAAAAAAGUCUUUGUCGCAGUCUGCGUGAUGUUAGGAAAUAAAUGUUACUUGUGAUAUGUCGCUGAGGGAGAACACCCCCCACCACCCCAGCGUCGUCGGGACACGAGAAGAGAUCUUCAUCUUCCCCUUUAAAUGAGCAAUGAUGAUGAUGAUGAUGAUGAUCCGGGCCUCCUGUUGGAAAUGUCUGCAGGUGUGUCUGCUCCUUGUUCUGGUGGCGAAACUACAAGGUAAAGUGACAGCACCGGAGCGAGUGCAGGCCGGCGUGGGGAAGCCCUUCACGCUGACGUGCGCCAUCUCCAAGGACAGAAGCGACGCCGUGCGGCGAGUGCGAUGGCUGGACCCGAACAACCAGACGCUGCUCAGCUACCAGCCGGGCAACAGCGACAGCGUGAGCGGGCAGCAGCACGUGGAGCUCACCCCGUCCUCCAAGGACACCUCGUCCGUCACCGUCCAGAGGGUGAGCUUCAGGGACGAAGGCUGCUACACGUGCGUCUUCGAGAUGGCGCAAUCUGGCGCCAAGCGAGGACGCACCUGCCUGACCGUCACCGCAUCGGUGACGGCCGACGGCAACAAGACUGCGGUGAGCGGGAAGAAGGCGACCCUGUCGUGCUCUUACGGCCUCCCCGAGAAGGUGGAGCAGGUCAGCUGGCGCUACGCCGCGGCGCCGGGGGGGAUCCCCUCGGACGUGGCCUCCUACGCCGAUAGGAGCGACCCCGCCGUCGAGCCCGCGUACCAGGGGCGGGCGUGGCUCAGCGCCUCCCUGUCGGACAGCACCCUCACCAUCCAGCCGGUGGCCAUCCGGGACGAAGGCUGCUACACUUGUGUGUACAGCACGCGAGCGGACGGUCCCAAGAGCUCCACUGUGUGUCUCUCCACGUACGCGUUGCCCAAACCUCAGGUGAGCUACAAGAGCACGUCAGCCGGCGUGAUCGAGGCCAACUGCAGCGCCGUGUCGCGCCCCCCCGUGGAGAUGGCGUGGAACGUGGAGCGGGACAACCGGACCCUGGGCCCGCCCGUCACAACGCUGGUGCCGCAGGGCGACGGCACCACGCUGGCGGUCAGCACCCUCACCCUGCGCUCGGGCCUGCUCAAGGACGUCUCCGUCAAGUGUUUGGUGCACCACAGGGGGCUCGAGGCCCCCAUCGCCGUGUCCAUGAACACCAAAAUCGGGACGGCCUUGGCCAUCCUCAUCUCCGUGACGACGGUGGCCGCUCUGCUGGUGCUGGCCCUCUGCUUCUGUCUCUGGAAGUGCUUCCUGCGCAAAGAAGAUUGACUCUGCUCGCUUUUGUUGCAGCCGACUGACGACCUCGGCGCCGCCUCGCAGCAGCUCUUCGGAUCAACAUCGAGUUCUGGUAUUUACACCUCCACGGGAUGUCAAUCACUAUUUUUUUUUUUUGGGGGGGGUCGCCAACAUUCUGACAUUCAUUUUUCAUCUUUCCGUGCAUACCUCGGACUCAAAAACAGUCAAAGCAACAUUUUUGCUCACUUGGAUACACACAGUUAUGUUUUUGUCAGUCCAGCGGAGAAGAACCAACAAGGUUAAAGUGAACUAAACAGAAAACAUUUCAAAUAAUAACUAGGACAUAUUGGACCAAAAAUGAAACAGCAAUAAAAUGUGUAUGCUUUUUUUAAAUUAUACUAUUACUGUUAUGUACUUUUUUUUUUUUUAUCGUGUAUGAAACCUUUUAAGUGAUUUAUUCAGGAAAGUCUUUCAAAUAACCUUUUCCAGUUGUUUAGAAAAGCAUUUCAAAUGUGCGUAUGAAUUUUUCUGAAUAAUACGCGUUGCUUCUAGAGAUUGCGAUAUGAAACGGGACGCACGCUUGUCUAUGAAGGGUCUUUGUACGCAAAACUGACCGUGAGCAUUUUCAUAUUCAUCAGAACGACUUGAUUUGCAUGAUAGAAGCAGCCGGCUGUGAUACGAAUUCAUACACAGAACGCCAGAAAUCCGAAUAAAGACAAACCCAUGACGAUGCAUAUUGUUAUUGACGGUGAUGCGAAGCCUAGGAAAAUAAAAAUAUUUUAAAAUAAAAUUCAGUGUUGUGUUUUUGAGAGUGGAUUUAAAAAAAAAAAAAAAAGUCACCAAAUUCCGCUGUGAAGUGUUC